GAGAGGGAAACCAGCCAAGCAGGUCCUUCGCGGAGCAAGACUUGCGUUUUCCCUGAACGGCCCAUGACUAUUUUCUUCAACAGCUUUCCUCUCCCCACCCUUUCAAAGGGGACUCCUUUUCGAGGUGCAUGCUAAGGUGUACCUGCCUGCCUGCCUUUCUUCCCUCCUACCUCCCCCCCCCGCCGCCUUUCAGUACCAUUUCUUUGACCCGCGCUCUGCUCUGCUCACCUCCCAUACCACCGGGAGAGAGUCCCGCCGAAUUAAGAGGAGACGGAGCGCCCCGGUCAGCGUCCAAAAGAAGCCCCACGAAGUGCGGCGGUCUCUUGGAAGAAAGAAGCAACAUUCUUAGGCUGCUGCAUGAAUAUUUGCUUUUGGACCAACAGGAAUACUUCAAAACUCCAAAAUGCCAAAACCAGUCAAUGUUCGGGUUAUGACUAUGGAUGCAGAGCUGGAGUUUGCCAUCCAGCCUAACACUACUGGCAAACAACUAUUUGACCAGGUGGUGAAGACUAUAGGGUUACGUGAAGUCUGGUACUUUGGUCUUCAGUAUGUGGAUAAUAAAGGAUUCCCAACCUGGCUGAAACUUGACAAAAAGGUCUCUGCUCAAGAGGUCAGGAAAGAAAACCCAAUGCAGUUCAAAUUCCGUGCCAAGUUUUUCCCUGAGGAUGUAUCUGAGGAGCUGAUCCAGGAAAUCACACAGAAGCUAUUCUUCCUGCAGGUGAAGGAGGGUAUCCUUAGCGAUGAGAUCUACUGUCCGCCUGAAACUGCAGUCCUCCUUGGAUCAUAUGCUGUGCAAGCCAAAUAUGGAGACUACAAUAAAGAAAUACACAAAUCCGGAUACCUCAGUUCUGAACGACUAAUUCCCCAGCGUGUAAUGGACCAACAUAAACUAUCAAGAGAACAGUGGGAAGAACGAAUUCAAGUAUGGCAUGCUGAACAUGGUGGAAUGCUUAAAGAGAGUGCCAUGCUGGAAUACCUGAAGAUUGCCCAAGACCUGGAAAUGUAUGGGAUCAAUUACUUUGAAAUCAAGAACAAGAAAGGGACAGAUCUUUGGUUGGGCGUGGAUGCACUUGGCCUGAAUAUUUAUGAGAAGGAUGACAAAUUAACCCCUAAGAUUGGCUUCCCUUGGAGUGAGAUCAGAAAUAUCUCUUUCAAUGAUAAGAAAUUUGUCAUAAAACCAAUUGACAAGAAAGCACCAGACUUUGUGUUUUAUGCUCCUCGACUAAGAAUUAACAAGAGGAUCCUUCAGCUGUGCAUGGGAAAUCAUGAGCUUUACAUGCGCCGUAGGAAGCCUGACACUAUUGAAGUCCAACAGAUGAAAGCCCAGGCCCGUGAAGAAAAGCACCAGAAACAGCUAGAAAGACAGCAGCUAGAAAACGAAAAGAAGAAGAGAGAGACAAUUGAAAGGGAGAAAGAGCAGAUGUUAAGGGAGAAAGAAGAACUGAUGAUGAGACUACAGGAGUAUGAACUGAAGACCCAGAAAGCAGAAAAAGAGCUCUCAGACCAACUUGAAAAAGCCAGGCAGCUUGAGGAAGAAAGGAAAAGGGCUCAAGAGGAAGCGGAACGUCUAGAGAAUGAGCGUUUGGCUGCUCUGCAAGCUAAGGAAGAACUGGAGAGGCAAGCUGCUGACCAGAUGAAGAGCCAGGAGCAGCUGGCUACAGAACUUGCAGAAUAUACAGCCAAGAUUGCUCUUCUCGAAGAGGCAAGGAAACGCAAAGAGAAUGAAGUGGAAGAGUGGCAGCACAGAGCUAAGGAAGCCCAAGAAGAUCUUGUAAAAACAAAGGAGGAGCUACACUUGGUGAUGACUGCUCCACCUCCUCCACCCCCACCUGUUUAUGAGCCAGUGAGCUACCAUGUUCAAGAUAGCCUUCAAGAUGAAGGAACAGAGUCAUCUGGCUACAGCGCAGAAUUCUCAAGUGAAGGCAUAUUGGACGAUCGCAAUGAAGAGAAGCGCAUUACUGAAGCAGAAAAGAAUGAGCGUGUACAAAAACAGUUGAAGACAUUGACUGAUGAACUAGCCCAGGCCAGAGAUGAGAACAAGAAGACCCAAAAUGACCUCAUCCACACAGAGAACAUGCGACAAGGACGUGACAAGUACAAGACAUUGAGGCAAAUCCGGCAGGGCAAUACCAAGCAGAGAAUUGAUGAAUUUGAGGCUAUGUAAAUACAUUGAGAGCAGACUUUGGGAAAGGCAGGUUUUGAAUGCAGAUUUUUCUUUCUGAAGGUAUCACUGGCCAGUUGUAGCAAAAAAAAAA